AUGGCUUCCGCACCGUCACAGACACCCAUGGAAGAUGCCAUCAGGCGAAAGGUCACAGAGACUUUCCAACCUAUCACGUUGGAGAUUCACAACGACUCACACAAGCACGCACAUCACAACGCUAUGAAAGGGAGCACUUCAAGGGAGACGCAUUUCAGAGUUUCUGUAACAUCCGAUGCCUUCAAGGGCAAGAUGCAGCCAGCACGUCACCGAAUGGUCUAUCACCUAUUCAAAGACGAAAUGGCAGCGGAGGGCGGCAUCCACGCAUUACAACUGACGACGAGGACAUCGGAUGAAGAGGCCCAAAUGAAAGCGAAACAAGCCGCUUCGUGA